GUACUCUUCCUUUUGGGGAUCUUGUUGUUGAUUCUGCUUGGCACGUGGGUUCUGCGUCCACGUUUUUCUCUCAGAAUAAGUACAUGGCUGUCUACGUUUUCUUGGCGGAUCUGCUGGUAGACAGGAGACUGGUUGUGACAAGGGAAGUGUUCGUAUGGAAGCGGAAAUUCAUGCUGUCUGAAUGUUAGACGAACUACACUGACAAUGGAGUAUCCACUUACCAUGCAGGAGGACCCACAGGCUGGCAGAGGCCCCGUUGUAGGAAGCACAUUGGAACACAUGUAUGUAAAGCUGAAAGAGGAGGCCUGUGAUUGGGAACUUGGCGAAAUCCCACCUGUCAUUAUCCAGCCACGGGCAGUUAAAGAGGAGGUGUAUGACCCUGAAUAUAAGUUUAUAAAAGAAGAGGCUUUUGAGCAAAGGUGCCUCCCCGUCAAAGACAAAAUUCUGACGCCGACAUCCACGAAUCUCCUAUGUGACUCUAGUCAUACUAGAAUUAAAUGUGAAGCCCCUGACCAUGUUUAUCUGCCUAUUCAAGGGGAGCAUUCUGAAGAAGAAUUCACCCCAGUUAAAAAGGAGGCAUGUGGUGCUGUACCAGUGUGUAUCAAAGAGGAAAACUGUGAAUAUGAAUUUGACUGCAUUCAAACACAACAUCUCAAAUGUGGGAAUAUUGUAACGGAAGAGGCUUCUAAAUUGGUGUCUAACCUAGGUGGAAAUCAAGCUGCUGAUUUGGGGUCAAUACAGUUGAAGAAGGAAAUAAUUAAGGAAGAAGAGGAAGAGUUUUGCAAAAGAGACCAGAAAGAGAAUCCUGUCCGUCAGCCUUUCAUACCACAGAUGACUUGGAAGUAUUGUGGGACAGAUGUUCCUAAGAAUCGUAUCAGAUUGACAGCCUCACUCAGUAAUGAUUGUGAACAGGUAUUUGCUUCAUUUGAACUCUCCAAAUAUGCCCAGUUGCCCAACUCAAAGAGCAUCAACUGCAGUCUGUCUACAUCAGAAAAUAGGACCAGACAACCGGCAACCAUGAAUAUCAUCAGUGUAGUCCCCACCAAGAGAAAAUAUACAUGUACGCACUGUGGAAAAAACGUAGCAGAUAGACACUCAUUAAAGCAACAUCAGGGAAUUCACACGGGAGAUAAGCCAUAUUGCUGCACUGUGUGUGGAAAAAAGUUUACAUUCAGAACAACCCUUCGAACUCAUCGGUGGACUCACUUGAAAGAGCGGCCCUACUAUUGCGAUGAAUGUGGAAGGGGCUUCGUCAAUCGCAACAGUCUUAACGAACAUAGGAGAGUUCACACUGGAGAGAUGCCAUAUGGUUGUGCUAAAUGCGGAAGGAGGUUCAUGACAAAUUCUCAACUUCAGUCACAUCUGAAUAGCCACUGUCAAAUCAAGUACCAUUGCGCCAAAUGUGGAAAGCGGUUCCCACAAAAGAAUGAACUUGAAGAACACCUGUUGAGCCAACAUGCCUUUCUUUUUCAUUACUGUGCUAAAUGUGGAAUGAGGUUUUUAGAUAAAAUUUCUCUUCGCAACCACCAAAAUGUUCAUCUAAAGAAGUUGGUUUUCUGUGAAGAAUGUGGGAAAGGGUUUACUUUUAAAGCAAAUCUUCUCCGCCACCAAAGAUUUCAUUCAGGGAAGAAACCACAUGUCUGUACUGGCUGUGGAAAAGCUUUCUCACAAAAAAACGAUUUGCAGCUCCACGAAAUACAGCAUUCAGAAGAUAAACCAUAUUGUUGUGCUACUUGUGGAAAGAAGUUUGCAGGAGAGCAUCAGCUUCAGGAUCAUGAGAAAGUUCAUACUGGAGAAAAGCCAUAUUGUUGUACUUUAUGUGGAAAGGCAUAUGCUAAGAAAAAGCACCUUCAUCAACACCAGGAGGGUCACACUACUGAGAAGCCAUUUGAGUGUCUCAAAUGUGGACAGAAGUUUUCACUAAAGCGAGGCCUUCAAAGUCAUGUGAAAAUUCACAGUGGAGUGAAGCCAUACCAUUGUGCCGAAUGUGGUAAAAGCUUCACACGGCGUGAUGUGCUUAUCCGCCAUCAGAUGACUCACACAGAAGAAAAGCCAUUCUGUUGUACUGAAUGUGGAAAGCAGUUUAUACGUAAAAGUCAACUUCUGACACACCAAAGACGUCACUCAGAAAAGAAUCAAGUUUAAUAUUGGGUUGUCUGCAAUACUUAAUAGCCUUUAGUGAGAGAGAAGAAAUCAAAGUAACAACAUCUAGAUCUAUUAUUUUGAAAAUGAAAUUUUAUUUUUGAACUUUGUGACAUUUUAGCCCCCAUUUUUUCUGUUGUUUUAGUAAACAAUAGUACAAAUCUGUAAGGCUACGUGGUUAAUGAGAGGUAAAUUAAAGAAUAGUUAUAUUAUGACACACUUUACGCUUAAUAGUGAACUUUGAAAUAAGAAUAUGCAAAUGCGUGUAUGUAUGAGAAAAAAAUUAGUGAAAAUCUUGGAGCCAGUGUAAAUGCCCUGAUGCAUCCUGCCAUCCUGAAAAUGUAACAAUGUGUUCCUCUUGUCAAACCUGCUGGAAAAUAAGACCAUUAGGACAUGACUGACAGAAGGGACCUACCCCUGCCUCCAGACGUAAGAGACCAUUACAAGCAGUGACCUGUCUGUCAGGGCUGAGGCCAUUCAUGAAUUGAAUUGAGAACACAUGGCAAAUCCCGAAUCACUUCCUGGCAUUGAAAUUGGAAUUAGAAUUGCAUGCAGCUGAAGGGAAAUGAAAUUUGAAAUUGAAUUGGAAUGUCAGAAAGUGGAAUUUCGUGGAAUUUAUUUGAAUUCACUUCUGUUUUCUAAGAUAAUUUGACUUGAUUUGCUAAAUAGUGUAUAGUACAUUAAAUAUUAUGAAUCACAUAAAUCACAAAUACAACAGUAAUGUAUGUUUUAUACAUUAUGCAUGUUAAUUUCACAAAUCUCUGUUAGAAAUACAAAGUAAAAUAUGAAAUUUGCAUGUGUCACUCGCUAAUGUCACUAACAACAUUUUCUUAAAUUAGUGAACAAAUAAACAGAUACUACUUAAUACAACCACCCCCUUUGACCCCCCUCCCUUUAUAAUGCACUCCCAAAAUAAAAUUCAAACAGAAAUAAGAAAUGAGACAAAAUUAAUAAGAAAAGAAAAAGAAAUAUGACCACUUACAGACAGCACAAAAAUAUUCACAUCACAUGCAUACAGUGUGUAUAGAAAAGAAUCCCCCCUUUGGAAUAUUCCCAUUUUUUUGCUUUACAUCCGUAAAUGAAAACAUACACAAAAAAUAUUUUUCCCAGCUUUACUUAUUCAAUGCAACCUCUAACAUCCAAGUGAAAGAUAUCACAGCUACAGUUCAGAUGAAUUAUGAAAAAAUCAAGAACAAGACCUACUGAGAUUAAUAACAGAUCACCCCCCAAAGUCAUUUUGUUGACCCCCCUUUUGCUUUAAUGACAGCCUUGAGUAUGUUGGGAUUCUUCUCUAUCAGUUUUGCGCACCUAGAUUGAGUUAUAUUUGCCCCCCACUCUUCUUUACGGGUUCACUGUUCAAGUUUGGUCACAUUGGAUGGUGAGCGUUGGUGGUCUACUAUCUUCAGAUCUUUCAACAGAUUUUCAAUGGGAUUUAGGUCUGGGCUCUGACUGGCCACACCAGCACAUUCACUUUUUUCUCCUUCAGCCACUGUGUAGUCAAUUGUGCUGUUUGCUUCGGGUCAAAAAAACAAAUUUGUAGCCGAACAGCAUACUAUAGUUAGCAGACUGAAAAACGCCAAGGAUUUGAAGUGGUCCUGUUGUGGGGUACAAUAUCUGUACAUUUUGGUUUAUAUUUCCUUUAUCUAUUGUUUUGUUUUGAACAAAAUAUGAACAAAAUUCAGGACACAUCAAAGCAUAUCCCUAUUUGUGCCUCACUUUUAAAACCGCUGUUCCAAUAAAGAAAGGAAGACAUGCUGGUGCCUAAGGCUAUUGAUUAGUUUAUAACCUAGGCAUCUUGGACAAAAGUAGCUAAAUUAUUUUACAGCCUGGGAAAGGAAGACAUGCCGAUACCUCAGACAACAUCAAAAAAAUUUUAUUGUUUGGGAAAACAGGCAAUGAAUUCAUUCAUCAUAUUGACAGCCAGCCAAUCAGAAUAUCUAACAAUCACAUCUUGCAAAAACCCCCGGUAGAAUUUUAUAAUAAAUAUGUCUCGUCUGAAGAGCAACAUAGGAAGGAGGGGAGAAGAAGAAGAAGGGACAAAGACAUCAGGAGAGAACAGAGCAAUGGCAACGUGCAAACAUUUCCAUCUGAUCGUCAGAAAAGCAUCAUGAACAACUAUGAGUGCUAGAUCAUAAGCCACCUGAGACAUUCAUCCUUGACAUCUUUACUUUUUCGUAAGCUUUUUCUAAAGACUAUAUAUAUCCAGACUUUUCUAUCAGUCCUAUUUUCUAUUAUUAUUUGUUCCACUGGUAUUAUUAUUAUCACUGUAAUAAAUACCAUGCUGCUUUUAAC